CCCGCCUCCCCACUUUUCAACGAGCGCACCGCUAUUUUUAGCACUGCCACGGAUUAAUGUAAAGUGGCGCAGAGACCGUGAACCGGACUGUCCACAAGCAUUGUAGGACCUCGCUCGGUAUCGGUGCAUUCGGCGAGUUACUUGUCACGGAAACCACUUGGCACGGAUUCGGAAAUCGAGUGGGGGGAAUGAUGACAAACCCCAUGUACCCUUUUCUGGCUUUCUUUUCCUAAAGAAGCAUUUUCAAGGAUGCUGCUUUCGAAGCGGAUCGAACGACAACCCCGGCCCUCGCUCCUGCCUGUGGUUCUCCUAUGUUUCAUUCUCACCACUGUCAGUGCCAGCAUGCCAGCUGGGGGUAAGUGCCCGUACCACAUAGACUGUGCCCGUGAGGGGCGGCACUUCUGCAAACCUGGCACCUCCUACUGCGGCCCCUGCCUCACCCCAUUGGAAGAGAACGAGGAAGGACAGUGUGUAGCAAGGAAGAGGCGCCAUCACCAUGGUCAAGUGACAGCCUUCUCUGAUCUAGAUGAAGAGAUUGACUUCCUUCACUCAGUCAUUGCCAAACAGGAAGUGUCAGAGGUCAAACAAUCAAAACAAUCAGACACCCCCUCCAAGGCAGUUCCUAUGACUCAGACAAAGUUUCCCAGACAGAGAGGCAAGGCCCAACCUUCUGUGGAGCAGCCCACUACCGCCCACCCCUCUACCCGGACCCCGCAGCCUGCCACUGCGGCUCUGGAGAGGGUGGGACCGGGGAGACCUGGAGGCCCCAUAGCCAUCCCAUACCCCUCCAAGGACAGUCUCCUUGUCAUUAUGAUCUCUGUGUGUAUCAUCUUUGGCACUGUGGCCCUGAUCUUGGCUACAGUUUGCUGGGUAAGGUUGCAGAAGGAAUCACGUCUGGCCCAGAAGGUAGAUUACCCUGCAUUUGGAAGCAAUGGAAAUGGAACAGCCAACAGGACUUCAUCGGGGGAUAAGAAGUUGGCACAGAGUGCUCAGAUGUACCACUACCAGCAUCAGAAACAGCAGAUGCUCUCCAUGGAAAAACAUAAAUCGGAGACGAAAGUCACUGACUCAGAAGUCACAUCAGAUGAGGAAGAAGUGGGCGGAGACUUCACUGUGUACGAGUGCCCUGGCCUUGCACCGACUGGAGAGAUGGAAGUGAAGAAUCCUUUGUUUGACGACUCUACCCUACACUACCAAGGGAAUCCCAAGGGAAUUCCAUAGGCUUUAAUGCAUGCUGGAACACGCAGACACCACACACACAGAAACAUACACCCAAUUAAAACACAAUACAAACCUACACACACGCAAUUUCUUUACUCUGGACCAGCUUAACUCUCCAAUCAGGUUGCUCUCUCAAAACUGGACAGGCUUAUACAGAUGUCGGAUCUUAAUUUGAUGCAUAUUGUUGCAGAAGGAAAAUGAUCUGCAGCAGUAGGAAUUGAAUGUCUAUGUAAUAUUGAGAAUCAAUACCAGGGGGCAGCUGGAAGCAGUGUUUUGUAGGCUAUACAAUCAUUUAGACUGUAGGUCCACUGACUAAUUGUUGUAUUAUAUGUUCAAGGCAAACGAUAAGCAAAAUAAAUUGGUGGUUAUCACAGA